UCAUUACUGGGACUAUUUUACAUAUAUAGUACUGUAUGGCACUUAAAAGGUAUUUCUGCACUGUAUUAACAAACACUUUAUUUAGCAUUCGCACUUUAAGCAGAGAUUUGCACAGCAAUAAGUUUGCACACAAGAAGUUUUAAUUAUAUUUAUUGAGCAUUUUGGCGAUUGGUAUGUGGCCUUUGUUUUGGGCUCUGCACAGCUGCUCCUCAUUGAUGAGUGAGGUUGGUUGCUGGUGCCUGUGGAGGAGCAUAAUGAUUACCACAGAGCAAUGAGCUAAUGGUGAGGAAAAACUAAGCAAAUGUGUGCAUACUCUGUUGAGUGAGGAGUGCUGUGGUAAAGUGACUCACCUGUCUUUUCUGUGUCCUCUCCAGGGUGUUUGGACAAAUUCUACCCCGGGGGUCCAGACGCCAUAUAUAGCUUUGGGAGAGGCCAUUGAGGAGACUAGGGGGGAAUUGUUGGUUUUUUUUGUGGUGUUUAUUUAAGGUGUAAUGAUAAAAUGGAAAAAUAUUUAUAAAAAGUAAAUAGAAGUAUGGUAUUUAAUAAAAUGUAUUUUAUGUAAAUUGGUGGAGAUUGAUUAAGAGAUUCCCCUGUCAAUUUAAUAUGGUUUGGUCCGUCACAGCUGGGACUAUUUAAGACUGCAGUGUCAGCUGUGAAGGACAGUGUUGUGUGGAUGCUGAGUGGAAAAUAAACUGCUGCUGUUCUCCACCUGACUCUGGUUCAAGACUCUGUCUCACUGAACAAAAACCCAACCGCUCAAGGUCGUCCAUGUGACAAGUGGUGUCAGGAGUGGGAUGUUCAUGCCAGAGAAGAUGAUGACCAGAGGAGGAAAAAAGCCAGGCCAAGAGGGAGAGCCUGAGGAAGGAGCUGGAGCUUCCUCUGAAAUGGAGACAAUGGCAACAACCAACCCUGAAGAUAAGUUGGAGGAACUGGCGGUGAUGGUGAAAUCUAUGAUGCGGUCUCAAGUGGCUAGAGACCUGAAGAUUGAUAAAGAUUUUUCCCGCCAGGAGCAGAGGUGGAAAAGCAUACAGCAUCAAUUCCAACAAAUGCAGCUUCAAGUGCAUGCUGUACUUGGAAAAUCUGAUGUAUCAGAAGCACAUCUUCAACCCACGACAUCUGAAGCACCUACAGAAGAAUCAGAUGGUGGUGAUGUCCAGCUGGCUCGUGGUUCCAGGACCAUAAUUGAACCAAAGUUUCUUCCCUUAUCCACGGAUGAUGACAUUGAGCAUUUCCUGACGACGUUCGAGAGGAUGGCCCAGGUGUGUCGCUGGGCUAGAGAUGAGUGGGCGGUUCGUCUGGUCCCUUUGUUGACCGGUAAGGCCCGCACAGCCUAUGUUCUAAUGGAUAUGGCUGACUCUGAGGACUAUGAAAAAGUGAAAGAGGCAAUUCUGGCAAAAUAUGAAAUCACUGCUGAUACGUAUCGACGCCGCUUCAGAUGCCUGAAGAUUGAAGCAGAAAUAUCCGAGCAGAUAAUUCUGGAGCAGUUUUUAAGAAUGGUUAAUCCAGAGUUGGAGAUCUGGAUCCGUGAGCGCGACCCGAAGACGGCAAAAGAAGCAGCUACUCUUGCAGAGGUCUUCACGUCAGCCAGGAAGGGGAGCAAGAGCACCUAUUUUGGCCGAGAGACUCACUAUGCCCCAUCAAGUAAGUCCACUGGGGGUGAACAGGGCUCUGGUCAAAGUCAGGCUAGAAAUUUUUCUAGUUCAAAGCAGCUCCCUUCUCAAAGACCUCCUAAUGUAAAAAAGUCAUUUCACAAGUCUUCUGCGCAAGAUAUUAGAUGUUACAAUUGUAAUGGCUUUGGCCAUACGCAACAUUUUUGCCCCGCCCUUAAAUCAAAGCCAUCACUUUUGUGUUCAGUGCCAAGACCAGCUAUUGAGGCUGUGCAAAAGAAGGUUUGUACAGUUUCUGUUCUAGUGAAUGGGCAAAAAGAAGAAGCUUUGCUUGAUUCUGGGUGCUUCCAGUCUCUAGUGCAUGCUAGCUUAAUCUCUGAAGAAAAGCUAAGUGGGGUGGGGGUUAAGAUAAAAUGUGUACAUGGAGAUGAACAUGUCUACCCAAGUGCUGAGGUGUAUUUGACAGUGGGAGGUCAAACAUACUUGGUACAUGUAGCUGUAGUUCCCUCUUUGCCGUACUCCGUUAUACUUGGUAAUGAUAUCCCCACUCUUUUUGACCUUAUUCACCAGUCAGAAUAUGAACCCAAAGGGCUUACCAACAGAGAGGCCCAGGAUUUAUGCCCAAAAUCUGAUAUACCAGUAGAAUCACUGAAACCUUGUAAUAUAGUCACAAGAGCUCAAAGUGCAAAGACUGUGUUGGAAGAGCUGCCUUUUUAUGGGGAGUCUCUGGAAAUAGAGCCGGGAAAAACUAAAAAGUCAAGAGCUCAGAAAAGAAUGGAGAAAUUCAAAGGCUCAGGUGAUGAAGGGAUAGGACAGUUGUCUAAGCCAAAUAACUUGUUGGAGUUUGACAUUCCCUCAGAUGUAGGUGCACUCCAGAGAGAUGAUCCUACUUUAAAACCGUGGUUUGAAAAAGUAACUGGGGGGGGAACUCAUCAGCGCCGGUUAGACUUCGUGGAAGAUGCAGUUUACAUUAUUAAAGGAGGCAUUUUGUAUCAGAAGAAGGGACAGGGUGACGCAUUAGCCCUUCCACAACAGUUCAGGUACAAAGUCAUGGAGCUGGGCCACUCAAUUCCAUGGGCAGGUCAUAUGGCUUUUCAUAAGACGCUGAGUAGAAUCAGUAGCCGUUUUGUCUGGCCGGGAAUGUAUACCCAGAUUUCAAAAUUUUGUAGUUCCUGUGGAAAAUGUCAGUUGACUUCUGGCAGACGAGUAACCCGAGCCCACCUACAGCCGCUGCCAAUUAUUGAGACACCGUUUGAGAGGCUAGGCAUGGAUAUUGUGGGUCCAUUAGAGAGGAGCUCUACAGGUUGCCGUUACAUAUUGGUGAUAUGUGACUAUGCGACACGGUACCCUGAGGCUUUUCCUCUCAGAUCCAUUAAAGCCCGACAUGUUGCUAACUGUCUUCUGCAGUUGUUCUCUAGAGUAGGAAUACCAAGAGAAAUUCUCACAGAUUGUGGAACAAAUUUUUUGUCCAAACUUUUGCAGCAGGUUUAUAAAUUAUUAGGGAUUAAAGGACUUAAGACCACCCCUUACCACCCCCAGACGGACGGGUUAGUGGAAAGAUAUAAUCAGACUCUUAAAAAUAUGCUGCGCAAGUUUGUCUCUGACACAGGUGCCGACUGGGACCAAUGGCUGCCGUACCUGUUAUUUGCUUACCGGGAGGUUCCACAAGUGUCUACAGGUUUUUCACCCUUUGAGUUAUUGUAUGGCCGCCAAGUGAGAGGUCCGCUGGAUCUACUGAAGGACUGUUGGGAAGACGCUAAGCCAGAGGGUGAAAACAUUGCAGCAUACGUCAUUAACAUGAGAGAGCGGUUGCAGGAAAUGGCAUCUUUUGCACAGGACAACCUGAAAGCAGCUCAACAACAUCAAAAGACAUGGUACGAUCAGAAGGCCAGAGACAGAGUCUUCUUGCCAGGACAGAAGGUUCUGUUACUGUUGCCUACCAGUGACAACAAGCUGCUGACAAAAUGGCAUGGACCAUAUGAAAUCACCAAACAAGUGAGUAAAGUGGUUUAUGAACUGUACAUGCCGGAAAGAGCUAAAAAGCAUCAGACUUUUCAUGUCAACUUGUUGAAAGAGUUUCGCGGCCGACAAGAGCCUGUGCACCAGGAGUUAUUUGUGAGAGCAGUUAAGGAUGAGGAAGUGACCGAAAAAUUUCUCCCAACUAGCAUGUCAGACUGUGCUUUGGUUGACGUUUCUCAUCUGUCUCCUACUGAGCAGGAAAAAAUCAAACCGUUCUUGGACCCUCAGCUCUUUAAAGAAGUUCCAGGAUUUACAUCACUGGUCCAACAUAAGAUUCGGCUGAAAGAAGAUGCACCGAGUCGGCAAAAGAGCUAUCGCAUACCAGAACGUUUGGUUCCGGUACUGGAAAAAGAAAUAAAGCUGAUGUUGGAGUUGGGAAUAAUUGAAGAGUCUAGGAGUGAGUGGUGCAGCCCGAUUGUGCUGGUGCCAAAGAAAGACGCCUCCCUGAGAUUUUGUAUAGAUUUUAGACAUUUAAAUGCUGUGUCCAACUUUGACCCGUACCCGAUGCCCAGGGUGGACGACUUACUGGAGAAAGUCGGUUCGGCAAGUUACAUCACAACGCUGGAUCUGUGCAAAGGAUACUGGCAAGUGGCUUUGGCACCAGAAGCGAGAGAGCUGACGGCCUUCAAAACUCCUUUUGGUAUGUACCAAUUUAGAGUCAUGCCAUUUGGGCUCCAGGGUGCGCCCGCAACAUUCCAACGUUUAAUGGAUCAUGUACUGAGAGAUGUUUCAGCAUUUUCUGCAGCAUAUUUAGAUGAUGUUGUGGUGUAUAGCCGGUCUUGGGAGGAGCAUCUGACUCACCUGCAGGAGGUGCUACACCGCAUCAGGUUGGCUGGACUGACUGUUAACCCAAAGAAGUGUAAUGUAGCUAAGAGAGAAGUGGAGUAUUUGGGUUUUGUCAUUGGGUUUGGGAAAAUAAAGCCUCAAGUGGGGAAGAUGGACGCAAUACAGUCCUUCCCAGUUCCAACGACCAAGAAGAAGGGAGACAAGAUAUUCAACAGUGGAAAAGGAGUGUUUGGCCAUGAAAUGGGCUAUCGAGGCUCUAAGUGGUUGAGAAAAAUGAGGGAUGCCAACGCCCGCAUCGCUGGAUGGUACUUGGCACUGCAGCCAUUUGAUUUCACGGUGCAGUACAAGCCAGGGAAGGCUAAUGUGGUUGCUGACUGUUUAUCCAGAAUGUCGGAGGACUGA